CUUCGUUUGAGGGGGCACAACCCGAAUGAAACUCUUGUAUAUGACCCUCGUUACGAGCCUUAUUUAAGAAGCAUGGAUCUUCUUCAAUUUGUGCUCAACUUUAAAGGCACACCACCAUGGUUGAACGCCAUGGCCCUAACAACACUUACAGAUCGUUGGAGGCUGGAGACGCACUCUUUUCACCUUCCUCUUGGUGAGAUGAGCAUAACCUUGGAGGAUAUUGCUAUGAUCACGGGGCUUCUUAUCGAGGGCAGGGCUCUUACAGGGAAGGUUAGGGCCGCCGGGUGGCGACAACGGGUUGCAGCAUUGGUUGGUGUUGAACCCGAGCCAUGGACUGAUGAAACUAGGAAGGAUCCUAGGCCAUCCGGUGUGUUGUUCUCUUGGAUUCAGAGACAUUUUCACAUAUGCCCAAAGGAUGCUAGUCCGCUUGUUGUGGAGAGGUUCGCGAGAGCUUAUCUCUGGAAUCUUUUGACCCAAGUGGUGUUUCCGGAUGGCAAUGGGGACACAACCUCAUGGAUGUUCUUGGAUCCUCUUCGUGACUGGGAUGUUAAGUGGAGUUGGGGUUCGGCGGCACUAGCCUUCUUGUACCGUCAGUUGGAUGGAGCAUGUAUGAGGAGUAAGCCGACCUCCUAUCUUGGAGGUUUCGUCUGGGCCCUACAAGUUUGGAUGUGGGAGCGUAUCCCUGUUGGCUGGAACUUCAGCCUUGCUCCGGAAGAACCCUGGAAGUACCCGUUUGACGGGGAUGAGGAGCGAUACCCCAGUAUCGCAUACAGAUGGGCUAAUGUCCAAUGGACGAGUAUCGUGGCUAUGGGGCGGUAUAAGGCAUACAUAAGCGAGCUUGACAUGCUAACUUACGAACAGGUAAAUGCUUUAUCAAAUUUGCUGAUUUUUUUUCAUGGAUGGUUGAGUGACUUGUUGUUAUGUAGGUUAAUUGGAGGCCGUACACGGUACUUAGGCAGUUCCCUCUGAGAAACAUGUGCCUUCGUGACCAGCAUCUUUGGCGUGUGCGGUGCCCGAUGAUAUGCUUUUAUGCGGUGGAGUGGCAUCUUCCUCAUCGCGUUUCAAAGCAGUUCGGGGUACAACAACGCACCCCGCCGGAUUACGUCG